GCGGCGCCGCCUGGUCCCCGCACGGUGCGGGGUCCCGCAACCCUCGGCCACCCCCUGCCCUGCCCCGCCCCAGCCGGGAAGCGCGCCCGCCAGUUCCCGCCGGGCCGCGCUGCCUGAGCCGAGGCCGGCCGCGUCCCUCCCCUCAGCCCCAGGGUCUCCGCUAACGCAGCGGUCGCCGGGCACGACGCCGGUAACCGGGUUACCGCGGGCGCGGGGUUACUCCGGGCAGACCUGGCAGUAGUCGGUGCCCCCGGCAGGCCCAGGCCCCUCCCGCCGAGGGACCGCCCCGCCGAUGCAGUCGCGACCCGGCAGCGCCCCGGGGGAGCGGCGGCAGAAGUGGCUUCGCCGCGCCCGGGAGCCGGGAGCAAAGCCGGUGGAAGGGGGCUGAUCUGUUAAAUAAUAUAUAUACAGCCAGGAGUAAGAAAAGGCUUCGAAUAAGUACUCAAAACACUUAAAAGCUCCCAUCGCGCACCUUGCGCGGAACCGCCAGCCGGGACGCGGAGCGGCCGCGUAACCGCAGCGAACUGCCCGCGGCUGGGGCAUCCUCACCCCCCAGAACCUGAUACUCCAUCAGUCACCAACCCCGAAACACGGUCUCUGCGCUCAAGGCUGUGCCCACCCUCUCCGCGGAUGGGCAGCAUUUGUGCUUUUUAUUUACGUAUUUAACUUUUAAACCCCCGGCGGCUCUGCAGCAUCCCGUUCCGUUGGCAACACCGCCCCGCAGGAACUCUUCCCCCGGGAGAGGCCAGCCGGGCGCUGCCGCGGAGGAGCGUCCCGGGGGGCGGACGGACGUGUCGCAGUACCGCGGACGGCCUCGGGGCAGCGCCCGGCCCCGGCGCGGCGAAACUCGGUCCCGGACCCAUCGCAGCAGUGCCUAGCUAUGGCCCCCGCCGCCCUGGUCAUGCUGCUGCUGACCUGCGUGCUGCUGCUGCUCGGCCGCGCCGCCCCGGCGACAGAGAAGUAUGGUCUGGAGAUAACCAACAAUGGUCCCAUCACAACGGGAGCUCAAGCCACUGUUCACGCCAGUCUAAGUAUGAAGAAUGACAGUGUCGCAUCAAACUUGUAUCACUUCAACUGGAUUUAUGCUCCCCUGAUUCUGAUAGAGAAAUCUGAGCAGCAGUUCAACUCUGUAAUUAAUGUGACUGGUGAAUUUCCUGGGACUUUUCCUGUGUCUGUCUGGGUUACUCACAGAAACUGCUGGUUAUGUCGGCCGGUUGCUAGAAAUGUCACCGUGCUUCACAUCACAGAAUUUAUCACAGGGAAUCUUACCAUUGCCAAGAUAGAACACAGUAGAUUUACCACACAUGGUUCUAGUUCUUCCACGGGCGCCGUGACCCGGAUUUCCUUCUGUCUUCAUGACCCAAGUCAUUACUUCAAGUCAGCAUCAUUUGUCUACAACUGGGAUUUUGGAGAUGGAGUUUAUCAGAUCACCAAGCAACCCUUUGUCUACUACAACCACUCUACCAUGGGGAAUCGCACAGCGCAUCUUAAAGUCAUAGCUGAAUGGGAGCAAAUUGGAAGCAUCAUACAUGAAAGAGAAACAGUGCAGAAAACUGGUGAUUUCACUACUGCUCUGGAGCUGUUAGAUGCUGUUCAAAGUAUUAAUGUAGUGGGCUCUAGAGAGACUCACGUAAUGGAAGACUUGAAUUUGUCUCUUCAUAUCAAUGGCACCCCACCACUAGCGUUAUGCUGGCUUAUAAAGGCCGAGUGCAUCCCACUGGAAGGGGAAAAAUGCCAUCUAGUGGUGAUUAAUGGCUCCUGCUACAAUCUCAGCCAUACCUUCAGCGAUGCCGGACAGUAUUGCCUCAGCGUCAGAGUGGAGAACGGCGUGACGAUGCUGCAGACAUACCAUGAAAUCAAAGUGUGGCCAGCAGGGAUCCACCCAGCUUUUUUUGUCCUGCUCUGCAUUGUUCUGGUUUCAGUGGUGCUAGGACUGGUGCUGUACACAACCUUCCGAAGUAACACACAACAAAAAGAUCUUGUGGAGGUAGCUGACUUCGACUUUUCUCCACUGUCUGAUAAAAGCUUGUCUUCUCAUUCGGAGUCAGGCUGUGGCCAGAUAUGUUGCAGAUCAUGUUUACCUCAGUCGUCACAAGAAGUUGCCAGGGAGACCCAUGAACUUCUACAUUCUUUUUACAAGCCAGUCAAAACAUACACAGUGUGAAGAACACAAUUGCACUUUGGUUACACUAACUACCCAGUUUAACUUCCUCACUUAUGAUGAGUUGAAAGCCCAGUGCUGCAUGAAUGGCUUGGUUUUGCCAAUGCAAUGAGGUUAACCACUUUAAGCCCAGCACUUGAACUAAAGAAGAGCAAGCCCUGAAACACAGUAAAAGUAGCUUUGUAUUUUUAAAUUAUACGGGUGUGCACUUUUACAGCUGUAAAUGCAGCAUUUUAUUCUUAUGAAAGAUUGUUUUAUGUGCAGAUUUGCUAAACUCACUACCUCUUGUAAUUUCUCUGUUCCCUCUGCUGUCUGUUUCAAAGAAAAAAAUGCUUAAGACAAACUUAAUUCUCUUUCCUAUGUUACAACAGUAUUACUGAAAUGGAAGUCACCCAAAA